AUGGCUGGGUCAUUGCCGCUCGAAACUCUUCAGCAGAUAUUUUCUUAUCAGCCAGACAGCGUGAUACAGUAUGCUUGUGUCUGUCGACAGUGGCAGGCCGCCGCUGAGACAUUCACCUUCGCCGAGCUGCAUAUCAAUUCAGAGGACCUUGAAAGCUUCCGUCACAUUGUCGCUUCCUCCCGCUGCCCUGGUCGAUACUUCCAUGUCAGAUCUCUGUACUUCAAAGUUGUUCUUCCGGUGUACAGUCACCGAGCCCGAGGCCGCUAUGAAAAUGAAGAUGAUCGCCACGCCAACAACAAGGUCUUCACGCAAGCCAUAACAUCUCUCUUCGACAUUCUGAGUUCAUGGCCAGAUUAUGAUCGAUACCAGAUAGUACUUCAGAUCUAUGCCCGGUCUCCAAGUGAUUGGCAAGCGGAACCGGACUGGACUACAAGACGUGGCCGACAACAACUAGGCUAUGCUUUCCCAGAGCAGGAUCUCCUACAUCGGCGCUACGAACGUUCGUACCUGCAGCUGACGAAAAAGGUACCCCUCCCCGAUGUCAAGUGCAUUACUACAUUCGAAGUGAGGGGCAGUGAUACUCUCCGCAAUAUUGCACCGGAUGCGGUUUCCGGGAUGGUAUCUCAUUUCCCUCGACUGGAAACUAUCAUUGCUAGCCUGCGUGACAACGAGCCAAAGGAUGCCGAAAUAUCUGAUAGUCUUGGAAUUGAUUUCUCCCUUACCGGCUGGCCUCGCUCACUGCGACAGUUAGACCUGCGAUACGAGGCAAUGCCACCCCUUGCCGACAACUUCUCCGCACCAUUCAGCCCAAUCCCCGAUUUUCGAUGCCGUGCUUUGCACCAAUUGACUCAGCAGCUGGAAAGUGUUGACUUGUUACAAAUCAUGAUCGGCCCUGAGUUAUUCUGGCCGUCAGAUGCCAGUCACACUGCUCCAUUCUGGCCAAUCCUUACCAAAUUUACCGCGAGCUGUAGGUACCUUCCCCCCUAUGGUUUCAUUCCCUUUGGUGAAUCCCGAAAAUUGGACGAAUCUUCCUCUCCUGUCCCGUCGGAUGUCUCUCUCGAACAAUCUGAUGAGCAGCGACAAAAUUUGUAUCCCCGAAUGCUAAGAAAAUACUUGGAUGAGCUGUUCCUUGCUGCUGGGCGGGCUGCCCAGUGUAUGCCUCGGUUAAGUUACAUGGAAAUCGAUAUUGGUACACUUCGUGUGCCCGCCUUUGAGUUUUGUUUCAGAUACGAUGCAACUUUGGGCACAGCAACAUGGACGACCUUCUCAGAGUUCUGCCUAUUGAAGGAAGUUCACGAGGCCUGGGAUGUUGCGGCAAAGAGUCAUGGCCAUGCUCAGAUAAGUGCAGAUGUUCUUUCGGCUGAGUCAAGUCUUUCUGACGAGUCAAGUUUGUCCCCGUGA